AUGGAAAGAGGAAACCAAACUGUCAUGUCAGAGUUCCUCCUCAUGGGUUUGCCUGUUGAACCAGAUCAGCGAGACCUCUUCUACGUCCUGCUCCUGGCCAUGUACCUGACCACCGUCCUGGGGAACCUCCUCAUCAUCGUCCUCAUUCACCUGGACUCCCAUCUCCACACGCCCAUGUACUUGUUUCUCAGCAACUUGUCCUUCUCUGACCUCUGCUUCUCCUCUGUCACAAUGCCCAAAUUGCUGCAGAUCAUGCAGAGCCGAGUCCCAUCCAUCCCCUAUGCAGGAUGCCUGGCCCAGAUGUACUUCUUCCUGCUUUUUGCAGACCUGGAGAGCUUCCUCCUUGUGGCCAUGGCCUACGACCGCUAUGUGGCCAUCUGUUUCCCCCUGCACUACACCAGCAUCAUGAGCCCCAAGCUCUGCUUCUGCCUGGUGGCACUGUCCUGGGUGCUGACUGCAUUCAUCUCUCUGCUGCACACCCUGCUCAUGGCCAGGCUGUCUUUCUGUGCAGACAACAGGAUCCCCCACUUUUUCUGUGAUUUGUCAGCUCUGCUAAAGCUGGCCUGCUCUGACACUAGGAUGAACGAGAUGGUGAUAUUUAUCCUGGGCAGUCUUGUCAUUAUUGUUCCAUUUCUGCUGAUCUUCUCAUCCUAUGUACGAAUUGUGUCCUCCAUCCUCAAGUUCCCUUCUGCCAGAGGCAUCCGAAAGGCCUUCUCCACCUGUGGCUCCCACCUGUCUGUGGUGUCGCUGUUCUAUGGGACAAUCAUUGGCCUCUACUUAUGCCCUUCAGCCGACAAUUCUACUGUGAAAGAGACCGUCAUGGCUGUGAUGUACACAGUGGUGACUCCUAUGCUGAACCCCUUUAUUUAUAGUUUGAGGAAUCAGGACAUAAAGGGAGCCUUGAUCAGCGUGGUGUGCCGGCCGCGGUGG